AUGCUAAGCGCUACGUCCUCCAACCUAGGCACUAACGCCGACAACUAUGCCGAGCAAUCUCCCUCCCCACUCCCAUUAACAACCUACUUGUGCACUUCGUGCCAGAUCUCCUUCCAAAAUGGGCAGGAGCAGCGCAUACACAUGAAAGAGCCAUGGCACGUGUACAACCUUAAGCGGCGUAUUGCAUCGUUACCGCCGAUCCCCCUCGAUGGAUUCGAUAUACAGAUCGAGAGAAAGAUUGACAUCAGCGAGGCAUCUACUAGCAGAAGGAGCAGCAGCAGCAGCAGCAGCGACGAGGAGGUCUCGGACAACGAGGGCGAGCAAAGCGCAUCGCCCUUCCAAUGUCUGUUCUGCAGCCGGGGCUUCGCAAGCGACGACGCCGGCUUCGCAACGAACCUUGAGCACAUGCGUACAGCCCACCGGAUGUCCAUCCCAGACCCGGAGAUGGUGGUAGACAUGCAGAGCUUCGUGGGGUACCUGGCCACGGAGGUCCGGGAGUGGCACGAAUGCCUCUACUGCGGCGCCACGAAGCCCUCGACCCUGAGCAUACAGAGCCACAUGAGGGACAAGGGACACUGUCUCUUGAACUUGGAUAGGGAACCGGAACUGCUCGACUUCUGGGAGAGCCCGCGAUGGGUCGACGGGGACGGCGCCGCCGCGCUGGAGCAGGAACGCCCGACUAACCUAUCGACGACGGAGAUCCGCUUUGCCUCUGGCAGGGUGAUCGGCUCGAGACAUGCUGCUCCCGCGACUAGGAAAGCGUCCAGGAAACGGGGUCUCGCGAUGAGAGCUUUGCCCCCGGGUUCCGAGAAUGCAGAAUCGUCGCCACUGGCCGUCGGACCGCAGCUGGCGUCGGGUCGACAACUGGCGCGUCGUGAAGAGAUGAGCAUACUAGGCGUUUCUGUGCAACAGCGGCAGGCGCUCGUCUUGGCUGAGAAGAAGGCACAGAGGAGCGAGGCGGUGGCUCGCCGGGCGAGGGAAUGGGUGUAUGCAAAGGGGGCGAAUUCGCAGAAGUUUGAUCAGGUGGAUAAUCAGAUGAAGUGGGGGAAGCAGAAUCACAAAUUGCUGCCUAGAUAG